AUGUUAAAGAAACACUCCAAAUUCGAAAUACACAGUAGUACUUUUCUAUUACAGGUGGCGAAUUGGAACAGAUUUAAUGCAUAUAAUAAUAUAUGGAUUUGUCAAUUCGUACAUACAAAAGCAAAAGGAAAAGAAAGAGUUCAUUGGGUGUAUAGUCCAAUAGGUACAGAUAAAACUCAAUUUCCACAACAAACACUCUGUCAAAAAAAAAAAAAAAACAAAAAAAAAAAAAAGAAAUAUUAA